AGAACGACACAGAAGAAGAAACUUUGACUUCCUGUAUCCAACUGAAGGUACAGACAAGUUACUGUCCUGAGACCCUCCCUGGGGAAAGAAAUUUCUCACUGAAUGAGCUCAUCAUGUUAGUGUUGGGCUGACCCUUCCUAUGACAUGAUGGAUGACAGUGAAUUGGAGGCGAUAGCCACGCCAUCAGGCAGCUCUUCCAUUGGGGAUGCAGUAUCUGGUAGAGCACAGAGUGUGCCUGAUGAAGGUGAAGAUGACGAGCUCUACUACAUCCCAGAGAGACGACCUUCUCUGGACCUGGGACCGAGUCCAAUGGAUACCAGCCACUGGCAUUAUGUGGACCAGGCCUCUGCUCCACCUCUGAGCUACAAUUCAAUGACAAGUGAGGAGAACUUAAGCACCAUGGAUGUCGACGAUGGAUCCUCUACGAGGGUCCAGCUGGACAGAGCAGAUUCAUACUCAAGCUGCUACUCCUUUGACAGUGACGACUGUGAAAAAAGAAUCCCCAGGGUUAAAAGCAACGAUGAUGCAGUCUCAGAGCCUUCUGGCACACCCGAGUUAAUCCAAGACCCAAAUGCGAUCAGGCAUCCCUCACUGACAGUGGCUUUCACUUUUAAGGCUAUUUGUGCAACCCUUGGGAAGCUGACUGAAGCAGACUUUAAGAGAUUCAAGAUGAUGCUGUGGAAGCGUUACCCACAGUCAUUCAACACUCCUCCCCAAAGCAUGGACAUGGUGGACCUUGUGGACCGGUUACUUGAGUGUUAUGACCUGGAGGUGUCUUUGCAGAUCACCAGAACCCUUCUUGAGGAAAUGGAGCGAAAUAAUAUCAUUGAUUUUCUCCAGACUUUGUGCAUCAGAAAUGAAGUACGUCACGAGCUAAAGGAGACUCUGAAGAGGAUCUAUGGCAAAGUGUAUGAGGACUGGGCCAUGCAGGGAGAGAAAAGGCCUCUUGAUGAUGUCUUUACUAAUCUCCACAUAACCUCAACAUCCAAUAAUGGCCCAAAUCUUGAACAUGAGGUCCUGACCAUAGAAAAGCUGGACACCAACCACAAGGAAGGGAAACUGCUUUCUACUGGGGAUAUCUUGAGCGCUGAAAGGCUCGAGCAAUCAAGCUUAAAGUUAUUGCUGGUCACAGGAGCGGCGGGGUCAGGGAAGUCUAUGGCAAUCAGAAAGUUAAUCCUUGAUUGGGUUGAAGAGCGUUCCCACCAGCAUGUGUCCUUCUUGUUUCCUUUGCCGUUCAGAGAACUCAAAAAGUUUGAGGAUUCUGAGGUGUCCCUCGUGGAUAUAAUUCAAACACUCUACCCAGAAACAAAAAAACUGACAGAACAGGAUUAUAGAAGCGACGACUGCAAGCUAAUGUUUAUCUUUGACGGUCUCGAUGAGUACAAUGGCCCGCUUGACUUUCAAAACACUACGCUUGUCGGGGACCACACAGAGGCCACCACCCUGAACAUCCUCGUGGUCAACCUCCUCAGAAGUAGGCUGCUCUACCGCGCCCUAUUUGUGUUCUUCUCCCGGCCGCCAGUAAAGCGCUGCAUCCCUUGGGAUACGCCUCGUGAUCAGAUAGAAGUGCGUGGUUUCCAUGACUCUGAAAGGGAGGAGUACUUCAGGAAGAGAUUUAAGGACCCAAAUCAAGCAGCUCGAGUUAUUGCGUAUAUCAACUCCUCCAAAACCCUCCGCAUCAUGUGCCACCUGCCCUUGUUUUGCUCACUGGUGGCUGAUGAGCACCAGCACAUAUUUAAAGAGCAGGGAACAGGGGCAGAAGUGCCAAGGAGCAUCACCUACAUGUACACAAAGUUGCUGCUUGCACUCACACGUCAGCAUCACACAUUUAGAGCUCGAUAUUGUAGCCCAGAUAAAGAGAGAGACUUCCUCAUGAAAGUUGGAAAGUUGGCCUUCAACAUGCUGGAACAAGGCCAGUUCAAGCUCAAGAAGCCUAAGUGGCAAGAGCAUGGAGUGGAUGACACGGAGACAGUGAUCAAGAGCGGUCUGUGCAUGCAAUACAUCACAAAGACAAUGGUUUUCUAUCAGGAUAAAGUCAUCAGCUUUAUCCACCCCACCAUGCAGGAGUACCUGGCUGCCCUUUAUGUGUUUCUCACCUUCACAAAUCAGGGGAAGAACAUUUUUGAGCACCAGCUGAAAGACAAGGUCAGGGGAAUAUUCAAGGCACACAAAGUGAUGGAGCUGUACAAGAGCGCUGUGGACAGAAGCUUGCCGUAUGAGGACGGCAAACUGGACAUCUUCCUGCGUUUCCUGUUUGGCAUGGCUCUUAAGACCAACCUGGAGCUUCUCCAGCCAUUCUGCACAUCUUCUGUAAAGUGGCCAACAUUCAUUGAAGAUGCCGCUGCUCUCAUCCGGAAGAGGAUUAGAGAAAAUGAGUAUCCUGGCAGAAAUAGCAACUUGCAGUGCUGCCUGGACGAGCUGGGUGUGUGAGCCUCAGAGGCAGCAUCAGUUGAUCCGACUCUUUUAAACAGUGAUCACUGCGCUUAAUCAUUUUGAUGCAAAAUAAUUGUCAAGGCUUCCGCUGAAUUCUGAUGGGAGGAAAACUGUUCCAGAUGUGGAGGAACAGGUUUCUCUCCCGAUCAAUCAACAUGUGCACUAAUGGAGCUUUAGAACAAUUAAAAACAUAAUAACUUCUGAAGUUCAGCAGUAUACUGAUGUACCAGUGAUGUGAAAACAGAAUCCUUUCAGGUUUGGUGUGAGUUGAUGUGUGUUUAUAUAGAUUUAAAGAAGCUGAAGAUAUUACGUGGCCUUAUUUUGGGAGUUUAUUUUUUUUCCGUUUUCAUACAAUCAAAUGUUUUUGAUGGACAUUAUUAAUUAUUUCCUGUGGUGCCAGCUCAUGCUUGAUAUGUCAUGACAUGCUUCUUAAAAUGCCUAAUAUUUCUUUGCACUGUGUUUUUAACACAAUAUCAUAAGCAUUAUGAUUAUUGCUCUAAACCAAAAUUUUAUGGCAGAACUGAAAAUAUGUUAGAACUGAAUUAUUUUGUACUUUUAAGUGUUGCUGAUCACAAAUUAUUGCGUGUUGGCUGCUUGCAUUUAAGCUACAGUUGGUAACUUUUAUGACAAUAACUUUGCUUGAACUGUCACUAUACUCUGAAAGAAGUAAAUCAGGCAGACAGUCUGAAAAAAAAAUCACGUCCCACCUCGUGCUUGUGCUGCUUCCAGUAGCAUUUGAUAGAAACUACCACGGCACACCUAAAAUAACCAAUCAGAGCUGAUGAGUCCUAACGCAGCUGUCAGUGACUGCUUGUGCGGUCAAACUAGACAGCGCUGAUUACUGCAUUGCCUUGGGAGUAAGACAUUGUGUAAACCAGCUGCCAUGUUAGAAACAGUCAUCCCAAGCUCCAUGUACCAAGCACCACCCACUGGAUGCAGCAGCUUUCUUAUUUUAAGCUUAACAGUACGCUAAAAUAUAAUUCUGUAAACAUUUGAGAAAUAGGCAACGCAGUGACACAAUCUUGACUUACAUUGGUGAGCACUGCCUAGUUUGACAGUUUGACGGCAGUUCACGAGCAGUGAUUGACAUCUGUGUUAAAGACUCCUCAGCUCUAAUUGGUUGUUUUCAUUCCCAGGCAGCAGACCAUUACAAAUAUGAUUUGUUUUCACAGAUGAUGUCUCAUUUAGUGCUGUGUGAAUAUACAGACAGUUUCAGCAAAUAUGAUAAAAGUGAUUUUUGCAUGAAAUGUACCAACUUCAGCUUUAAAGGAUAACUUCGGUAUUUUUCAACCUGGGCUCUAUUUCCCCAUGUGUAUGUGUGUGUAUGAUUCAUAGGUACAACUCGUUUUAAAAUUGGUUCAGUAUUGAGGGAGGCGGAUGCAGCUGGGAGCCACGAAACGAGCUAAAAUGGUAACGGGGGCAAAUGCAUCCCGUAUAAGUUUGUGCAUUAAAAGUGCUGCGGUUCAGAUCGCCAGUGUUAUCUCUGUAAAUAGCAUACUAGCCUUUCCCUGACCCUUCACCUCCUGUGGGCUGUGUGAUGUCACGAGCUUUGCUCCACUGUGUCUGUAGCUCUCUCUACUCGUGGGACAGCCAUUUUCUUGAGGAGGAGGUGUUUCGGGAUUGGAUGUCUUCUCUUCUUCGGCUGGCAGUAGUCAUCUUGGGAGAAGUGAGCACUGCAGACCCGGUGGUCUGCAAGGCGCAGUGUCUGGACAGGAGUGUUAGCAUCCAUUUGUUGCACAACUAGCCACAA